UCUUCUUUAGCAUCAGACAACAGUCAGCGCUUUCGAGAAACCUGUUUUGCAUUUGCAUUGACACCACAACAAGUGCAGCAGAUCAGUAGUUCCAUGGAUAUUUCUGGGACCAAAUGUGACUUCACAGUACAGGUCCAGUUAAGGUUUUGUUUAUCAGAAACCAGCUGUCCACAAGAAGAUCACUUCCCACCCAAUCUUUGUGUGAAAGUGAAUACAAAACCUUGCAGCCUUCCAGGUUACCUUCCGCCUACUAAAAAUGGUGUGGAACCAAAGCGACCCAGCCGACCCAUUAACAUCACCUCUCUUGUGCGAUUGUCCACAACAGUGCCAAACACCAUUGUUGUUUCUUGGACUGCAGAAAUUGGAAGAACCUAUUCCAUGGCAGUAUAUCUUGUAAAACAGUUGUCUUCAACAGUUCUUCUUCAGAGGUUACGAGCAAAGGGGAUAAGGAAUCCGGAUCAUUCUAGAGCUUUAAUUAAGGAGAAACUAACUGCUGAUCCAGACAGUGAAAUCGCUACAACUAGCCUGAGGGUCUCUCUUCUGUGUCCGCUUGGCAAAAUGCGGCUCACAAUUCCAUGCCGGGCCCUUACGUGUUCCCAUCUGCAGUGUUUUGAUGCCACUCUUUACAUUCAGAUGAAUGAGAAAAAGCCAACCUGGGUGUGUCCUGUCUGUGAUAAGAAGGCUCCGUACGAACACCUCAUUAUUGAUGGUUUGUUUAUGGAAAUCCUAAAGUACUGUACAGACUGUGAUGAAAUACAGUUUAAAGAGGAUGGCUCUUGGGCACCGAUGAGAUCGAAAAAGGAAGUACAGGAAGUUUCUGCCUCCUACAAUGGAGUUGACGGAUGCUUGAGCUCUACAUUGGAGCACCAGGUGGCUUCUCACAAUCAGUCCUCAAAUAAAAACAAGAAAGUAGAGGUGAUUGACCUAACCAUAGACAGUUCAUCAGAUGAAGAGGAGGAAGAGCCGUCUGCCAAGAGGACCUGCCCUUCCCUAUCUCCCACAUCACCACUAAAUAGUAAAGGCAUCUUAAGUCUUCCACAUCAAGCAUCUCCAGUGUCCCGCACCCCCAGCCUUCCUGCUGUGGACACAAGCUACAUCAACACCUCCCUCAUCCAAGACUACAGGCACCCUUUCCACAUGACACCCAUGCCUUAUGACCUACAAGGAUUAGAUUUCUUUCCUUUCUUAUCAGGAGACAAUCAGCAUUACAACACCUCCCUGCUUGCCGCGGCCGCGGCAGCUGUUUCUGAUGACCAAGACCUCCUGCACUCGUCGCGGUUUUUCCCUUACACCUCCUCCCAGAUGUUUCUCGACCAGCUAAGUGCAGGAGGCAGCACUUCCCUGCCAACCACCAAUGGGAGCAGCAGUGGUAGCAACAGCAGCCUGGUGUCUUCCAACAGCCUGAGGGAGGGUCACAGCCAUGCAGUGGCCAGCAGGAGCAGUGCUGACACAGCAUCCAUCUUCGGCAUCAUACCAGACAUCAUCUCCUUGGACUGACCCCUGCUCCCACCCAGUCCCAGAUUAAAUGAACUUGGCAGAAGGGAGAGAACUGUGUGCUCUGUUUUACCUUAUUCUGUUUAGAGAAGUACACAGCGUGUGUUUUUUCCUUUUUUUAGGGAAAAAAUUAAAAGAAAUGUACAGAGAACAAAACUAUAUUUUCAGUUUUACUUUUGUAUAUAAAUCUAAGACUGCCUGUCUGAUAAAACACUUGUUUAAAAAAAAAAAGGAAAGAAAA